UGCAUUUGACGUUUCAGAUUCUUCAGUUCAAUUCAUUUUACAUUUCUGCAUUUUUAGCAAUGCUUUGCGCUUUUCAUUCAGCGAUGACUUUAUUUUUUCCCCCCAACCAUUUACUAUUUCUUAAAUGGUGUGUAUGUUUAGUCAAUUUAGACUUUUGAACUUUUGUUCAAAUCCCUUCACUUGAUUUAAGCCAUUUAAGGUUUCUUUAUGUCUUAAUCGAUGUGGUUUUUAUUGGAAAAUAUUUUCAACCUCGCUUUGUACUACAGCAAUGACGGGUUUGCGGACGGUAGUUUCCACCAACAACUCAUAUCAGGAAAUGUGACUCAAACCUGUGUGAGUUGCGCACAGUAUAGGAAAUACCUUGGGCGUCACGUUUUGUCUCCACUUUUCCAGGAAUCAGAAAAGCACAAAUUAGGGCCGCAGAACAGAAAGGACUUCUAUAGGUGCAGGCCUCCGAUUUUACGCUUGGGCCAACUGCUUUGUAAGCGCGUCAGAGAUGCGGGCCAUCUCUAAGAAAGGUUUGGUCCUGGUCAUGAUCAGUGGUUUUCUGCUACUGAGCCUAAUUUACCUGUGGUUCCCGGUCAAGAAACAAAGCGUGGAUAUCGGUCUGACACAGAGAGGCCACAUAGAGAAGCUACUGAAGAAGAAGAAUAAGGACACCUUAAGCUCUUAUCACGACGUCCCCUACGUUUUAAAAGAGUCUGUGUCACGUCAGUUGGCGUACGGUACGUGUGAAUGCCGAGGUGAUGAGAAUAAAAUCAACCUGCCAUUACCACGUAUCCUGUUCCCUAGAGUGUGGGCAAACAAUCUCAACCAUGCAUACCUUGAGUCCGACCCUGACCCAGGGGGGGUGAUAGGACGCAGGGACAAGGAGUACAGUGCCUUCCAGAGAAGGUCCUACUCUCCAGCAGACCUUCUCAUCGUAGCGGAGGCCAACAGUCCACUUCAAUACCCCACCCAGGGAGUGGAGGUGAGGCCCAUGAAGACCAUCAUUAUUCCUGGGUUGGGUCUCAAACAAGAUCCAAGACCUACACAUACGGUGAGCCUGAGUGUGACGAUGGGGACACUGGACGUGGCUGCCACCGUUGUCGGCGUGUCCAUCUCAGGAGGAGGCCAGAACACCAUGGGGCUGUCCAGCUCUGUUCUGUCCCAACUCAACAGGCAGCUGCAGUUUGUCACCUACACCAACACCCUCUUCCACCCCAAGACGGCCGACACAGUUCUGUAUGGUAGUGGAGGGCACAAGGCAGCUUUCACCAUUAAAGUGGGUCAUAGGGCCAUCCCUAAACUUUUCAACUCGGGUACAAAUGAAGGAUACAACAUAAGCGCCCUCGUUACCAUAGCAACCAAGACCUUCCUACGUUAUGAUCAACUUCGAGAUAUGAUCGACAGCGUACGGAAGUACUACCCGACCGUCUUGAUAGUGAUCGCAGACGACAACGAGCAUCCUCAACCGGUGACCGGGCCUCACAUCGACCGAUACAUCAUGCCCUUCGGAAAGGGUUGGUUUGCGGGGAGAAACCUGGCCGUCUCGCAGGUGACCACCAAGUAUGUGCUGUGGGUCGACGAUGACUUCUUGUUCACCGAAAGCACUAAGCUUGAGAAGAUGGUGGACAUCCUGGAGAAGACCACAUUAGACCUGGUAGGAGGUGCGGUAACAGAGGUGACUGGUUACUCUGCGACCUACCAGCACACCUUUUCUGUGGAUGAGGGGGGCUCUGAGGGGGACUGCCUCCACAUCAGACAGGGCCAUUACCACUCCAUACAGGGGUUCCCCAGCUGCGUGGUGGCCGACGCCGUCAUCAACUUUUUUAUGGCGAGGACGGACAAGAUACUUAGGGUUGGGUUCAACCCCCAGCUCUCACGGCGUGGCCACUUAGAGUUCUUUGUGGACGCGCUGGGAUCCCUCCAUGUGGGCUCCUGCAGCGACGUGAAGAUAGGCCACGCGUCGAAGAUCGUCCUUCCCUGGAGCAAGUCAGAGUCUGCGAAGAGCUACGACAGGUUCCGUUACUCCUUCACGAACAGCGAAAGAAGGAUGCAUACUGAGGUGUAUUACUUUAAGAACAGGUUGAAGUGCAUGAGCAGUAACUGACACAUGCCUCAAUGUUGUGGCACUGCCAACUAGGAAUAAAAAAAUGACCGGGGUUGUUUGGUGUUUGGAAGAGGAACCCAGAUUACCUAUGAGCUCAACUCAAGAGAUUUCAAAGAAUGCUUUCUUUCUACUUUCUCUAAGAAUAAUUUUCACCAUAAAUCGAGGACAAGGGCCUUUUCCUAUUUUUCUACGCGAUGAAUAUGCUUCUGGUUACUCAGGGAUAUGUUUUUUUUUAAAAUGCUUAAUAUGACUACUGUUUGCACUAUUUAUAUAAUGUUUAAUUAAACAAAUUAGCAUUUGUCGAUUCAGUCUAUCUUUGUUCCUUAUCUGGUUUCUGUGUACACAAACACACUUUCAACCACCAACCCCCAUAUCUCGGUUCCCUUAUCUAUUUUCCUUCCAUCAAGUCAUGUUUCCACAAGCUAUGGCUUUUUUCUCCAUGAGCCUGAUUUGAAUACAGGACUUGAAGUGCAGACUUCAGCAUCCAACAUCCAUAGUCGGUAAACAAUGUGACUGUGCUCGCUCAGACCUCUCGCUUAUGAUGCUGCAAUGCUAGUUAGAGAAAAUAUCUGUAUCUGGCACGUCAUGCCCUAGGGAGUUGCUAGGCCGGCGCCCAUGAUGCGGAAGCAAAUCUCUCCUUGAUGUUGCGCCAUUGAGCAGGGGCCUCUACGAAUAGUCAAAUGCCUCCUUUCCUUAACCUUUGUGGAAAACGUCAUCGGGUCAAGGAGGGAUGAAAGGUGCUUCCUUUCGAACAUAGGAAAAGACAGCGCUGUGAAUUCGACUCCACUUUUCCCAUUGCGCGACGGUGAGUAUUGCUGACCUCUAGCGUCUCUACGGUGGAACUACAAUUUUCCGAAGUUGGUCUACAACAAGCGCUCUUUUGAUCCAUGCGUUCUUGUCGUGUUGAUUUCAUUCAGGUUGUCGCCAUGCCAACAGUGAGAAUCACUUAGGUCGGACUUGGCCAACGAAAAUAUUUUAGGCCAGUUGAAAACCCAAUUCACAUGUGGAAAAAAAGCUCAAUUUAUGUUGAUGUUGAAAUUAACUGCCCCA